GCCCAGCUCGGGCCGCCGCAGUGCUAGCAGCGCCGCGGCCGGGGAGCGCGGGCCGGGGCUGGGGCCGCGGCGGGGGGCGCCGCCCCCAGCGUUUGUCUGCAGCCCCUAGAGCGGGGCGAGGGCUAAGACAGGGCUGAGGGGGGCCGGAACCAUGAACCGGAGUUUCCACAAGUCUCAGACCCUGCGCUUCUACAGCUGCAGCGCGGUGGAAGUCAAGAGCAAGUUUGGGGCUGAGUUCCGAAGGUUCUCCUUAGACCGGCAGAAGCCCGGCAAGUUCGAGGACUUCUACCAGCUGGUGGUGCACACCCACCACAUCGCCAACACCGAGGUGACCAUCGGCUACGCGGAUGUGCACGGCGACCUGCUGCCCAUCAACAACGACGACAACUUCUGCAAGGCCGUGUCGAGCGCCAACCCCCUGCUCAGGGUCUUCAUCCAGAAACGAGAGGAGGCGGAGCACGGCCUGGCCACCGGCUCGCUGUCGCGGCGCAGGAAGGCACUGGCGCUGCGGGAGGAGGGACCCCGCCGGCGCCCGCACCUGCACAUCGGGCUCCCGCACGACUUCCGCCCCGUGUCCUCCAUCAUCGACGUGGACAUCCUGCCCGAGACGCAUCGGCGCGUGAGGCUGUACCGGCACGGCUGCCAGAAGCCGCUGGGCUUCUACAUCCGCGACGGCACGAGCGUGCGGGUGGCGCCACAGGGCCUGGAGAAGGUGCCGGGCAUCUUCAUCUCGCGCCUGGUGCCCGGCGGCCUGGCCGAGAGCACCGGGCUGCUGGCUGUGGACGACGAGGUGCUGGAGGUGAACGGCAUCGAGGUGGCGGGCAAGACCCUGGACCAGGUUACGGACAUGAUGAUCGCCAACAGCCACAACCUCAUCGUCACGGUCAAGCCGGCCAACCAGCGCAACAACGUGCUGCGCGGCGGCCGCGCGUCCGGCAGCUCCGGCCGCUCCUCGGACAGCGUGGCCAGCCGCCACAGCCUGCCGGCGCCCGCGCCGCUCGGCCUGCACCCCGACGACAUGGAGAGCGACGAGGAGCCCGACGUGGUGCUCGAGGGCGCCCUGGAGCCCCGGCCGCUCCCACGGCCUCCCGGCAGCCUCACCCGCAUCAACGGCGCGGGCCCAGCAUCUGGACUGUCCGGCCUGGGGCGCGAGGGCAGCGUCCUCAGGCUGCUCAGCUCGCUGCGCUCCGACCCCCGCCACAGCCUGGCGCUGCCCCCGGGCGGGGUGGAGGAACACGGCCCGGCCGUGACCCUGUAGCAGGGCGGCGCCCCGCAGCGUCCCGGCCUGGCCUCCGCCUCGGCGGGAGCCCACUUCCCAAAUGUGCACUCUCAUUUUCAAAUAAGAAAGUAAUUGUAUGUGUGACCCUUCCUGCUGUGUUUUUAUUUAUCCCUCCCCUUUCUUCCGCAACCCUGCCCUUUGUUUCAGCUUGAGGACAGAAAGUAACAAUGCGGUCUAUUUUUAUAAAUGUCUCCACAAACAGAAAGGGCACGCGCGUGCGCUCCAGGCCGGUACAGGUCCAGGGCUAAUUUUUAAAUUUCAAAAACUUUAUUUUUAAAAAGAAGCUUUAAAAUUACUUUUUAAAAGGACACAUUCAUGUCUUUAACUUCAGCCACGCAAACACGCGCUGCUUGUUGGCGCCGAGUCUCCUCCGCCUCGCGCGGACCCUGCGGCCCGGCCGACGCCGUGCGGAAGGUUCGGGCUGGUUUCCGAGGACAGAUGCGCCCGCACCUGCGACAGGUGUGACCGCGGAAGACGAACCUCCGGCUUUCGUUGUUCGUGGUGCUCUUUCAAGUAGCCAAGUGGGCACCGAGCUCCCAGACCUCGUGGGGAGAGAGCGCGCCCCUGGGUGGUCCUGCCGCGGGACCGCGCGCGGCCCAGGGCCAGCGGGUGGGCGGCGGGGACGCGGCGCGCUGCCCCGGCGCCGGUUGGGGUGAAGCCGGUGUGGACUCGGAGACAAAAGCCAGCCCCUCCCGCGGCUUCGUGGGCUGCGAGCGCCUCUCGUCAGACGUGUUUGCAGGACUUCGAAAGCUCAGACUUCUGGGCACACAGGUUCUCUUCGCUUUUAAAUGACAAGUCACACAAGACGUGGUGGCUUCUAACGUGGAUUAAAUUCGCUGUCACUUCACUUCGGUCUUCCAGCAAUAUUUACAUAUUUAGUAAUUUUGAUGUUUACUCAUGUUUAUACCAAUGAAAUUUUAUAUGAAGUGCAUAUUCUGUGUGAACCCGAUGUUGAGGAGAAAAUGUUACAGUUAUAUUUUCAGAACUAAACUUUGACCAAAACAACUUUCGUACGAGCCCAGGUAAAAGUAUUUUUCUAGAUGCCCUUUCCGUGCGGCUGCUUCCCCUGUGGCCCAGCACCCCCUGCUGGUGGGCGGCGUAAUUGUCCCGCCUUCGUGGAUGUCAGGCUGGUAACAGAAGGAAAACUGUAUCUCACACUGUUUUCGUUUUUCCUGAAUUUGUUAAGCGAGAAGCAUGUUAUUUUUCUUUUGUGCAGAAACUAUUUAUUGUUCAGAAAUAGCUUUGACGGAGGAGUUGUUUCCUGUGCCUAGGUUUGACUUUUUUAUUUGAAUGCCAGGCUCUGUCUGCUUUGCUCCUAGGCACAGGGCAGACCAAAGACCCUCCCCCGCGAGGGCCGAGUGGGGGCGCUCUCGCUUCCGGACGCGCCCCACUGAACUGCGCGCCUGUGGUUUGGUGCGCCAGCAGCCCCACGUUUUUCUUUCCUUUUUCUUCUUUACUAUGACAAGUAGUAUAUAACCAAAAAUGUAAUGCUAAUUUACUACCACAAAGGAAAUGUUCUUUUACUGUUACUGAUGGUUCAUGAGUAUCUUGUCGAACAACUGGGUCUGUUACCAAGAAGGGAAGUUAUAUUUCUUACCUUAUUUUAAGUUUUUAAGCAAAUGUGAAGGUUUUUUCUAAAGAAAAGAAGAGGCUUACUCAAAUUUGUGCACCACUCACUCAUCAUUUUAGGGGUAGAGACUGCCUGGGACAGCCACUUGAGAGUAUUUUUCUACCCAGUUCGAUCCUUCUGCCAUUUUCUUAAACAAGAAGCAAUGUUGUAUCACAUGUCAAAGUGUUCUUGGUUUUAUAUAUCAAAGAAUAAAAACGUUUGCUUUCCUUUU